AUGACAACUACGAAGAGGAUCGUGCUGUUUUUACUAUUACUUUUGCAAUCUGAAAAUUCCUAUCAACGAGUCAACGAUUUGAAGGACGUGAUCGGUCUUCGAAUAGCUCCAGCAGAAGCAAAAGCAUCAGCUAGGGUCAACGACACGACCAUCUCAUCGAGGGAAAGGAGAGCCCUGGUUUUUCCUGAUGCAUCGAUACCCGCGACCCUUCUGUUAAUCUUUGGCCUUGGAACACCAUUGCAAUUGGAUCGAGAGAGCGUAAUCGUCGGUGUUUUUAUCAAAAUAAUUUAUAAAUUACCGACAAAUAGUACAGACUUUACCGAGCCUGGAGUUUACUACACCAGAAAUACCAGAAGUAGAUGGAGCAUUUAUAAAAUUCUUCAAAAAGUUGCGGCCAUUUAUGGUUACGGUGGAAAAGCUUGUUUGUUGAGGGCAAUUUGCGAAGCCUCGCGGGUACCUUUUGACACGCAUCACGGAUUAUUCGGUCAAUUGAUGGAAAUAUUUUUUAAGCCGUCGAGUACCGAGGAAGAGUACGAUGAGUACGGGGAUCGAGAGUACAGGGCAGCCGAGCAGCUGGGCAAGCAGGUAGCGGCUGAAAACUGCCACGCCCUUUAUCCGGAAUGCCGCAGGAGUGUGCUAGACAUAUUUUCAACGGUCCUACGUGUCUGA